AUGCUCCUCACAGGUGGUCGCUCCGCCGCUGCUCCCUCAAACCUGUGGGUAACCAGGAGGGGAAAGGGGGGAGGAGGGAGGAAUUGGCGGCCAUGGGAAACCUCGCCCCCGCCAGGCCCAGCCGAAGCUCUUCGCCAACCGAGCAGGACAAGCUCAGGCAGCAGCUCAUGUGACUCUCCGCCCCGGCCGGCCCAACCCGGUCCCGCCAUAGACAAUUGCCAACAUGGAGGGCGGGGCAUUGUAAGGCGGGAGAGCACGUGCUCCGGGGCACCUGGCUACCCGGCGCGGGAGUUGCGUGGCACCCCCCACUCCGCCACCAGCAGCCAAGCGGGAUGCAUCUUCGCCUGCCCCGUCCAGCUGGCGGGUCAGAAACUUUGUAUUGUCGUCCGAGCUAAAAGGAACUGGAGGAGAAAAGCGGGGCGGGGCAGAGCUGCCGAAGCGAAGGGCGAGCAGCGGCCCUCAAUAGUUACAGGCAACUACCGUGAAAGGCGUAAUCUGCGCGCCCAAUGUUCAAGUCUGUCAAGAUCCUUCUGUAUCUUAAGGCUACCUUCUGGAGUGUUGGCUAUUCCUGCCAGUUUGGUGUCAUCUGCAAAUUUGAUGUGUUCCCCAUCUAUCCCCUCAUCCAAGUCAUUGAUGAAGAUGUUGAAGAGUAUUGGGCCUAAAACAGAGCCUUGGGGUACUCCACUGAAAUGAAAAAUAAUCAAUCCUGUAAUGGUAUGUGGGAAAGAUCUUGGAAGAGAGACAAAGAGCAAAGAGACACAGCCAAGGGAAUAGAGGUAGUCCUCGACUUAUGACCACAAUUGAGCCCAAAAUUCCUGUUGCUAAGCAAGAUAUUUGCCCCAUUUUGCAACCUUUAUUGCCACCAUUGUUAAGUGAAUUACUGUAGCUGUUAAGUUAGCAACAUGGUUAUUAAAUGAAUGUAGCUUUCUAAUUGACUUUGCUCAUCAGAAAAUUGCAAAGUGCAAAUCACAUGACCCUGGGACACUGCAACAGUUAUAAAAAUGAGUCAGUUGCCAAGCAUCUGAAUUUUGAACACAUGACUUAUGCUGCAACAGUCAUAAGUGUGAAAAACGCUCAUAGGUCACUUUUUCCAGUACCGUUGUAACUUCAAAUGUUCACUAAAUGAACUGUUGUAAAACGAGGACUACCUGUAGUCAGAUGAAAGGGCAGCAAAGUCUGCAACUGGAUAGUGGGUGGGAGCAAGAGGCUGAGAAGAGACCUCUAGUUUCUCAGGCUGUAAAGGAGAUGGUGGGGAGGGAUUGGUCUUUCAAACUUCCAACAUUCUAUCAAUGUAGCUUUACAAUAAAGUAGAAUUAGCUCAUCUGGUUGUGAUUCCUGUAUGGUUUAUCCCGAGAGGCCGACAAGUCCUGAUACUGACAUAAUUCCUGUUAUGAGUAAGCUUUGUGUGAAAAGAAAGACUGCAUUGUCGUAUCAGUUCAGUAAAGCAAGAACUAUCUAGUGGAAUUAUCUGAUUGAGACGUGCCAUAGUAAAGGAGUCUUCUCAAUUUGUAAACAAGAGAUGUUACAUAAUUUCCUAAGUCAGUAGUAGUGUAAUUCUGUAAUGUAAUAGCAUAUUUUGUGUAAAAUCUUUACAUUGUUUUCUUCUAAAUAGUGCCCUGCAAACAAAUGUUCCUAUUUUUUUAAAACAGCAAUAAUUCUGCUGAAUUAUUUGCAAAAUUAUCUCCAAUGCAAAAUAAAAACGUGCUUUUAAUUCAAAGUGAACAGAUGCUGUAAGAUUAAUCAUUAAAAUGGGUCAUGCAGAAGAGGUGCUGCUCUGAUUAUAAGAAAAGGAAUGCCAAGUUAAUUGGUCACAUACCACAUACCUAAAGUAAAAAAGUAUAUUAUAAACACAUACACACACACACACACACUACCCUACUAAUAUAAUUAUUUAUUAUCCUUCCCAUGACUCAUAGAGGUAUAAAAAAAUAAGAACUAUGAAGAAUUUUUAUUCUUAAGCUAUAUAAAUAACUA